UGCUCAUUCACUACUUGGGAGUCGCAAACGACAAUCCAAGUGCAUUCAAGCUGGAGUCUCUAACGAGGACAAAUCUCAUCUAGACCCGGAUCUUUGGCUAUAUGCAGUACAUGGUACUGUAAAGACUUGCUACGAAUCAGGACUUUUCUUUUCAAGCAGUAAAACAAGCAGCAGUGAUGGAGGAUUCAGCAGUUGUCGAUCAGCAACCUAUCAAUUCGGCGUACGAGAACAACGUUGCUCAGAUGGCUUCGACGCCAUGCUAUGAUGAUCUGUUCCCGGCCCUGCCGGAGAGUGCCCCGCCGAGGUUUAGCAACCAAACCAUCUCGCCGGCCACUCAGAACAUGCGCGUUGGUAGCUCGGUUGUGACGCAGGUGUUCAUCGUGCCGUCGGGAGAGCGUAAGUAUGACUCGGAUAAGUUUGGCGAAGGCGAAUCGCUGCGCACCUGUCAGAACAUCAUGAAGGAAACGAACGCCCAUAUCGAGAUAUCGAGUGGCAAGGACCAAUCGUUGACGUUUCUGGUGACUGGCAAACCGGCCGAGGUGAUCGAGGCACGCCGCAAGAUUCUGGUGCACUUCCAGACCCAGGCGAGCAAGUCGAUCAGCAUCCCGCGGGAUCAUCAUCGCUGGAUCCUUGGCAAGAAGGGCGACAAGUUGCGCGAGCUGGAGAAGAUUACCGCUACCAAGAUCAAUGUGCCGCGUAUUGGUGAUGACUCUGACAUCAUCACCAUCUCCGGCACCAAGGAAGGAAUUGAGAAGGCCGAGCACGAGAUUCGCACCACUUCGGACGAGCAAUCGCGCAAGGCAUUCGAACGGUUCGAUAUUCCGAAGAUCUUCCAUCCGUUCAUCAUCGGGCCGUACAACGAGAACGUCAACAUGUUGAUGGAGGAGACCGGAGCGAAGAUUAAUAUUCCGCCUCCUUCGGUGCAGAAGGACGAAAUCAUCAUCACCGGCGAGAAGGAGGGUGUACUCCAGGCGAAGGCACGCAUCGAGGCCCUCAGCAAGGAAAUGGAGAAGAAGUGCACCAGCGUUGGCGUUGAAGUUCCUCGUGCUCAGCACAAGUACAUCGUCGGUCCCAAGGGCUCUACAAUCCAGGAGAUUUUGGCGAUGACUGGUGUUUCGGUGGAGAUGCCCGCCAGCGAUGCUCCGAAUGAUACCAUCACACUGCGUGGCCCGCAGGACAAACUCGGCAACGCUCUGAGCGUCGUUUACCAGAAGGCGAAUUCUGUUCGUACUACGACGCUCGAGUGUCCUCAGUGGAUCCAUAAGUACAUUAUUGGACGAGAGGGUAGCCAUAUCAAGGAGUUUUCUGCCCAAUACCUGAACAUACACGUGGAGUUCAACGAUAACAAGAUCAAGAUCGAAGGCCCACCGGAGCAAGUGGAGGCUUCUUCAGAAACAAUGGAGAAAAUGGUCAACGAUCUGACUGGGCGUCUGACCUUCGACGAGAUGGUGAUUGAUCCUAUCUAUUGCAAAUAUAUCAUUGGCAAAAACGGAGCGAACAUUAACCGGAUGAAGGAAGAGUACGAGGUGCUGAUCAACAUCGACGAAAAGGACUCGAAGCCGAUCCGUAUCGAGGGACCGGCCGCAGGUGUUGAGAGGGCCAAGCAGGAGCUGCUUGAAAAGAUAGCGAAACUGGAAAACGAAAAGGAAGAAUCUAUUACUAUUGAUCACCGCCUGUUCAAGACGAUCAUUGGUGCGAAGGGCGACACGAUUCGUGAGAUCCGCGAUAAACACAACCAGGUGCAGAUCAUCUUCCCGGGACCCAACGACAAGUCGGACAUCGUUAGAAUUCGUGGUCCGCGCGAAGAUGUCGACAGUUGCCACAAGUAUCUGACCAAGUACGUGAAGGAGCUGCAGAAGAAUUCGUUCGUUAUGGAGGUUCCGAUCUUCAAGCAGUUCCACAAGUACAUCAUCGGGAAGGGCGGUGCGAACAUCAAGAAAAUUCGUGAUGAAACCCAGACCAAGAUCGAUCUUCCGGCCGAGGGAGACACGAACGAAAUGAUCGUGAUCACUGGCAAGAAGGAAAACGUAAAAGAGGCGCGCGAUCGCAUCCAAAAGAUCCAGGAGGAACUGGCCAACAUAAUCACGGAGGAGAUCCAGAUUCCGCCCAAGUACUACAACUCCCUGAUCGGAUCGGGCGGCAAGCUGAUCUCAUCCAUCAUGGAGGAUUGCGGCGGUGUGUCGAUCAAGUUCCCAAGUCCGGAGUCGAAGAGCGAUAAGGUGGCCAUCCGGGGCCCGAAGGAGGACGUCGAGCGUGCCAAGCAGCAGUUGGUCGAGCUUACCAACGAGAAGGAGCUCUCUUCCUAUACUGCCGAGGUGCGUGCCAAGCCGCAGCACCACAAGUUUCUCAUCGGUAAAAAUGGCGCUUCCAUCAAGAAGAUUCGCGACCUCACCGGGGCGAGAAUCAUAUUCCCGGGUAUGGACGAUGAAGAUAAGGAAGCUAUCGUGAUCAUGGGACGCAAGGAGGGUGUUGAUGAGGCCAAAUCUCAGCUGGAAGCUAUCAUCAAGAACAUCGACAACAUUGUGGAGGACGAAAUCAACGUGGACCCCAAAUAUCACAAACAUUUCGUUGCUCGUCGCGGUGAGGUUCUGCUCCGUAUUGCGGAGGAGUGCGGUGGGGUUAUGAUCUCCUUCCCCCGCUCUGGAGUGGAUAGCGACCGGGUUACGCUGAAGGGUGCUAAGGACUGUAUUGAUGCGGCCAAAGGUAGAAUUCUGGAAAUUGUCGAUGAGCUGGCACAGAUGGUUACGAUCGAGUGUAUUAUCGAGGCUCGCCAUCAUCGCAUCGUCAUGGGCAAGGGAGGAUCCAAGGUGCAGGGUAUUACCUCGGAGUUCAACGUGAACAUCAAGUUCCCGGAUCGUGACGUGCACGAACCCUUCGACGGACAGCCCAACGGGGAUAUGAAUGGGGUUGAACCAGUGAGAGCGUCUGAUAUUAUUAAAAUCAGCGGUCAUAAGGAUAGAUGCGAAAAGGCUUGCGAAGCGCUGUAUGCCCUGGUACCCGUCACGGAGGAAAUUAACGUUGCGUUCGAUCUGCAUCGGUCGCUGAUUGGUCAGAAGGGUCGCGACGUCAAGGAGCUGAUGAAUACCUACGAUGUGCACAUUGAGUUGUCUCCGCAGGAUCAAAGGCGAGACAUCAUCAAGGUGACGGGCACGAAGAUCAACAUUGCCGAGGCGAAGAUUGCCAUUGCCAAGCGGAUUGAAGAACUGGAAGCGGACCGUAAGGAUCGCGAGCUGCGCUCGUUUACACUUACGGCGGAGAUUGACCCGGAGUUCCAUCCGAAAAUUAUUGGUCGUCGCGGUGCCGUUGUUAACAAGAUCCGUGCCACUCAUGGAGUGCAGAUUUCUUUCCCGAAGCAGGAUGACCCGGAUAACAACAUCAUUACGAUUCAAGGGUACGAAGAAAACGCUAAAGCAGCUAAGGAGGAAAUCCUGGGUAUUGUCAACGAGCUCAACUCGAUGUACCGUGAGGAGGUUUCGAUUGAUGAGCGUGUGCAUCGUCGUUUCAUCGGUGUUCGGGGACGUCAUGUUCGUGACAUCAAGGAUAAGUUCAAGGUGGAGAUUAACUUCCCAAGGCCGGAAGAUCCGGACCAGUCGCUCAUCGUGAUUGCUGGUAACAAUCAGGACAACGUGGAAGCUUGUCGUGAUCAUCUGCUCAACCUGGAGGAGGAAUACUUGCAGGACGUGGUUACUGCUGUCCCAACGCAGCAAACCACCUUCACCAAGAUUCUGGAGGAUACGAUGACCAGUCGGGAGCAACGUCCCAGGCAUGGAUUUGUUGUCCAGGGUGCUCCGUGGCAGCGCAAGACUCCGAACACUCAGUCACAGGAAGAUUUUCCCGAUUUUGGCCUGGGUGCCGCUCCAGUCGAGCAGACUCCCCAAGCUCCAAUUGCUUCGGCAUGGAAUGCACGCCAUUAGAUUGUGGGGGCACACACACGUAUAUAUUUUACACAUAGAUUCAAAAUAUAGCGAGAAAAGAGAGAGAGAAAGUGAGAGUAGAAGAAAGAGAGAUGUUCAAUAUUUCCCACACGUAUGUAAUAGCAGUGGACACAAUUUUUUAAAUAUCACUCUACCGUAGAUCAUUCAGUUGUUUUUUGCCAGACCUCAUUUUAAUGGUCUCUCGCUGCUCUCUCAAGCUUCAAUGCCCCCAAGCAAGAUACGAUAUAAGCAACCCUCAGUCAGACUCACGAGGAUUAUAUAUUGAGUGAUCGUGUUUACUACAAGAUAGAUGUUUUUUUUUGUUUUUAUUUUCUGGUUCAUUUCUUUUUUUUUGCUAACUGAAAACAACCAAGAUUGCGGGAAUACAAAUUUAGUGCAAAUUGUACAUAAACAGAUACACACACGCAGUUGUGGAGGAAAUUUUGAUUCUAGAAACGAAAAGAACGCAAUAUUCACAGGACUGAUAGAUGAACGAGGAGAGUGGAGUAGAGAAGGAACAAAGAGGAGAAGGAGGACGAGUAGAAGAAAGCAAGCAAAUGAAAGAAAUCCAACGCAAGCGAGAAUUUAUAUUAAAUUUCACGUAGCUCAGCUUAUAGCGUGGAUGACCAUUUGUGUUUGCGUCUUCAUGUCAAACUGGCAAGAAGAAACUAUCUAGAACCAUGUUUUGUAAGACAUAUACACAUAAUAAAACAAAAUUAUGAUCGAAUAGUGUAUUUCAGAUAGAGCUGAGAACAAACAGAAAAAAAGUCACGCAACUUCAGUUUUGAAAAAAAAGGGAAGGUAAAAUCUGGAUUCCAACAAAGCAGAACAAUAGUAAAUGUGCUAAAUAAGAUGUGCUGGUUUCAUAUUUGUGUACCAACUUUGUAAUGAGUUUUUCGCAAAGAGUCGUAUGCUGAAGAAAAUUACGAUGUAAUGGGGUACUUCGAAGGUGUGCUUGGGUAGUGCAAUGAGAGUUCUUGAAUAGAUUCUAAAAUAUGUAUAGUGUACUGGAAAACCAUUUUAAUAUCUACCGAAUUACAAUGCAGCUGGGAAGGAUGGUAUCCCUAACGAACUUACAAAAACAAAUACAAAAAGGACCACUGACUCGACUGUAGCAAUUAUCGAUUGGGGCUUCUUUGUUGGCGAGUAGUAUUGUGAUUUUCAUGAGCGACGUUUCACAGCGGACCAAUGCUUUUUUUGGCGGCAGAUUCUUAUGCUGCAGUAAAAGAGCGCUAUCUGCCGUAGACUCUGGAUUUGUUGAAUUCUCGACUUAGCUCGAUCAAAUUCACGGUUGAGAAAAUGUCAGAUUGAAAAUUAACCUUUUUGGAUUAAAUGGACAUGGCAUCUACCGAAAGCCGACCUUCACGAACCGGUAUAUUACGGUAUAUUACAUUUUGAAGCACAAAAGCAAGUCGCCUUUCAUUCAAUGUCAUAUAGUCUUUUCAACAUUCCAAAGGCAAAAAUUUGAAGCAGAAAGGAAGAAAAUCCACGAGAAAGCCUCCUUGAACAGUUACAACGAGUUCGUAAAUAAGAUCCUCCGGAAACACGAACGGAACAACACCGCCAAAACGCAAUCCAAAACCCCAAAUAACCUUAAAAAAAUGACACUCACAGGAUCUGCCUCCUGUUUUAUCCUGUGUUCCCUCAAGGAUAAGAAAAAGCUAGACGAAAUGUUCGGUAUUACAAGAUUUCGUGUAAAUCCAGCCCGACUGUGUACAUUGUUCAAACUCGUUGAAAGAUCAAUGUAGGUUUGAGGAAACAGAGGAAUGCCGUAGAUUAUCUGUCGCUAUCUGUCGCAGACUCUGGAUUUGUUGGAUCCUCAACUUAGCUCGAUCAAAUUCCCGAUUGAGAAAAAGUCGGAUGGAAACUCCCUUUUUGGAAAAAAAUGGACACAAAAACAAGGGCAAUAUCUUGAAGUAUGGCAUCUACCGAAAGCUGACCUCCACGAACCGCUAUAUUACAUCCGACUCGCACCAUUUUGGAGCACAAAAGCAAGCCACCUUUCAUUCAAUGUCAGGAAGUCUUCUAAACAUUUCAAAGGCGAAAACUUGAAGCAAAAAGAAGUAAAUUCACGAGGUUUCAACGGUUACAACGAAAAUUGUAAAUAAGAUACUACGAAAAUACGAACGGAAAAAACCGCCAAAACGUAAUCACACCAUAACUACAAAAAGAGGACAUUCAGAGGAUCAGCAUCCUGUACUAUCCAAAAGUAACAAAUACGAUUCAAGAGAUCCUGAAACGCUGCAAGAUCUGUUCGAUCAUGGACCUGAUACCGCCGGACGAAAUGUUCGAUAUUUACGAGAUUUCGUGUGAAUCCAGCCCUACGGUGUAGGUUUGAGGGAACAUAGGAACGCCGUGGACAAUAAGCGAUCCAACGAAUCAAGUGUGACGGUUCUCACUCUACGGGACUAAACCUUUGUGCUUUGUGCCGCGGGCCGAAAUGUACAGGAACAGAGAAUGUGCAUCUUGACGAACGAACGAGAGGUGAUCGAAAGAUGGAGGUGAACUAUGAUAAACACCUGGACGGUGCGCAGACAGGAGACCAAUACGGUGUUGUAGAGGGGACUACACCGGUGCAGUAAACAACGACGAAGGACCAACCCCUACGAUGAGUGAAGUUAACGAGGUCAGUAAUUCCACAAAUUAUGGCUGAAGAAGCACAAAGCAACUGUUAAGGUGGUUUCACAGCGAAGCUCUUCAAGGGAGGUCCAGCGAAACUGACACAGUGUAUGCACCGGUUGAUAGUCAGGAUUUGGGCCACGAAACAGCUACCGGAGGAGUGGCAAGACGGGGUAAUCUACUCCAUCUAUAAAAUCCUGGAUUUUGUGAACUACUGUGAAAUCGCGAUUUAUCUCAGUCUUCUUGUCCCACAAAAUUUUAUCUCAGAACCUCUAUCGCCGCCUAACAGAUUUGUGGGAAAUUAUCAAGCCGGAUUCAUGCUCGAUUGCUUGACGACGAACUAGAUUUUCGACAUAUUGGACAGGACAUUGGACCUCCGAAAGUACCGCGAGUAUCAAGUCUCUAAGCAUCUCAUCUUCUUCAGUUUCAAAGUUUAUUUCAAAGUUUGGUCAGUUUAUCCGCUUCGUCGAUGAUGUGGUCAUAAUCGAUAGAACACAUGCGACGGUAGCGGACUUGUUUGCUCGACUGAAACACGAAGAAUGAUUGAGUUUCGGAUUAGUGCAUCUAAGACUAAAUACAUGCUAGCAGGAGGGACUGAUCGCAACAUAAUUCUUCCUAGUAGUAGUGUUGUGAUCGUAGGCGAUGAGCUCCAGGUGAUAGAUGAAUUUGUCUACCUUGACUCAUUGGUAGGGCGCAUAAUCAAUGGAAGUCGUGCUUACUAUGAGCUCCACAAAUCCCUUAGGUCCAAUGAACUCUGAUCACGUACGAAGUGUAUCAUUUACAAAUUCCUGAUUCGACCGGUUGCUCACUAUGGGCACGAAGCAUGGACGAUGCUUGAAGAGGACUCAUAGGUACAUGGUGUUUUUCGACGUCGGAUGCUCAGAACAAUAUACAACGGUGUGCAGGAAAACGGAGUGCAAAUCUACGACGAAGUCAGCCUUCAGAAAGUCGCUAAUGCUGGACGAGUGCGAUAGGCGAACAUGUUGUUAGAAUGCCGGACAGCAGCUCCGCAAAGAUGGUGCUCGCAUCGAAUCCGGUGGGGGCAAGAGGUGGAGCGCAGGGAGCGAGGUGAUUUGAUCAGGUGGAGCUUGAUUUGGGAAAAAUUGGCGGGUUUAAUAAUCUCAAUGGAAUGUAGAAUCAUUGUGAAUAAAGCCGACGCCCGCCAGGGUACUCUCUUAUGUGAUUUAAGCAAGGCAAAAUCUGUCGCCAAAAACUUGCACGAAGCUCCACAUGAAGAUUGUUAGAACAUGAUCAAAACCGCUGUCAACAGCGGAGAAUAUUACGAGGUCACGCGGGUUGUACACGGAAAUUAUGCUGCGCGAGAGAAACCACAGCAAACCCAACUCUUCCGAGAGUAGAAGCGUUGCCAAGAAGAGGUCUAGUGUGAGGUCUAGCGCGAGAGUUCUUCCGGAAACUCAAUGGAAAGGCUUCGUGUCAGAAAUGUGUCGGAAUAAGGAUGGGAGUAUCUUGACGAACGAUCGUGAGAUGACCGAAAGGUGGAAGCCGCACUUUGAUGAACAUCUGAACGCAGGCAGAGGUCUAAGAUACCUUUAGGAGCAGCCACUCUUAAGUUGAGAGGAGUUGAAAAUACUCUCAAACAGCCGAAGAAGAACGUACAAACAAACCGCUUGAAAAGAAUAGUAUCGGAGCGGAACUUAUCAAGAUGGUCCCGGAAAAGUUGACUAAUUGUCUGCAUGGACUGAUUGUCAGGAUUUGGAGAACAAAACAGCUACCGGAAGGAACAUUGGGUUGUUUGUUUUACCUUCAAGAAAGGCGUGCAAUCUCUGUCCUGAAUGACGCCUACAAACGUCUUUCCUAAACUAUCUUCUCUCGUCUAUCACCACUAUCAUUCAUACACACAUAUUCACAUAUAACAUAUUCGUGGGGAACUAUCAAGCUGGUUUCAUCGAAGAUCGGUCUCCUACUGAUCAAAUCUUUACCUUGCGGAAAAUCCUCCAGAAAUGCCGUGAGUACAGAGUUCCUACGCACCAUCUAUUCGUCGACUUCGUAGCCGCAUAUGAUUCAAUGACACGAAAAGAGCUAUGAGAAAUUGUGGACGGAAACGGUUUUCCCAGGAAGCUGAUCAGACUGAUUAGGGCUCCAUUGGAUAGAAUACAGUGCUGUGUGGAAAAUAUCGGGUGUAUUAUUUGAUUUGAGUCCCGCGAAGGGCUUCAGUAAGGUAAUGGUCUCUGUUGUCUGCUUCAAAAUUGCGCUAUAGGGUGUUAUGAGGGUGGCACAAUUUUUAACAGAUUCAGUCAACCCAUCUGCUUUGCUGAGCUAGAGCAGUGUGAAGAACUCGAACAACUGCAUCGCUCUUAUGAGACGCGAAAGUUCUACCGGAAACUCAAUACAUCCCGAAAAGGCUUUGUGCCACGAGCAGAAAUGUGUCGGAAUAAGGGUAAGAGUAUCUUGACGAACGAUCAUUAGGUUACUGAAAGGUGGAGGCAGUACUUCGAUGAACACCUGAAUGGUGUACAGGCAGAAGACCAAGAUAACGAUGAAAGUGAUUACGUUGGUGCUGUAAGUAAUGAAACUGUUCCAUCAUCCAACGAUAGGUUUAGCCAAGAAUGUCAUCGAACAGCUGAAGAACAACAAACCGGAUGGAAUCGGAGUGGAACCGGAAACUUUUUGAAUAGAUGAAUGCCGCCUACAAAUUAUUAUUUAGUUAUCUUUCGAUGGAUGGAAUGCAGGGCUAUAUGCGAUUAUCAGAUAGAUUAUCUGAUUCACUCGAAUCACGUGGAGAGCUUCGUCAAGGUUAAGGUCUCUCUUGCAUGUUAUUCAACGUUGCGCUAGAGGAGAGCUUCGUCAAGGUUAAGGUCUCUCUUGCUUGUUAUUCAACGUUGCGCUAGAGGGUCGUAUGAGACGAGCGGCGUUGCGUGGUGUGGUGUUUUCAAGAUCUAGUCAAAUCCUGUGGUUUGGCUAACCCCAUUUCCUUGAUCGACUCUGUAUUUCGAUCAACUUGGCUAACCCCAUUACUUGUUUCGUUCGAGUUGUUUUUAAAUUUGAACAUCUUUCGUUCGAGCUGUUUUGUUUUCGAACAUCCAUCCAGCAAAACGAUGAAAGUAGGGAAUGGCAAAUUCGUACUCGAUCGGAAUAUCACUUUCGAACGAAAUGUGAAUCCGUCGGAAUACAGAAUCGGGAUGUGAAGCACGAAGCAGAGAAAGAGUUGGACUGAGAAAUAAUUCGUCUAAAACCAAAUACAUGCUGGCUUCCGUAACCGAGUGCGACAGGGCCCGAUUAGGCAGGAGAUCGGCGGUAGAUCAACUGGUCUACAUUGAAUUAAUGGUAACGACUGACAUGAGAUCGGAGGCGAGUUAUCAAUGGAAGUCGUAUCUAAAAUGGUCCCCCGAAUACUUGAGGUGAAACAGAAGUAUCAAUCGUGUGAAAUGUUCUCUAUAAAAACGCUCAUAGCACCUGUUGUCCUCUACGGGCACGAGACGUGGAUAAUGCUCGAAGAGGACCUUCGGGAACUCGGGGUCUUUGAACGACUUGUGUUAAGAACCGUCUUCGGCGGUGAGCAGGACAGCAUAUGGAGGCGAAGGAUGAACCACAAGCUCACGCAACUCAUCGGUGAACCCAUUUUCAAUUAAGUGCUGGAAAUCUGGCAGAAUAAGCAGGGCCGAACAAGUUACAAGUAUGCCGGAUAACUAUCCUGUCAAAAAUUGUCGGGGAUCUGGCGGGUACGAAGAGGACGGCGAGCAAAAUGGUUAGACUAAGUGGAACUGGCCCAGGCGAGCACGGGGUGUGCCAGCGGAAUUGAAGAGGGAAUGCCACAAAUUGAGUUAAUUAGCAGAAUAUUCUGAAUCAGGCAUUGUGGUAAAGACGUUGAGCCAAAACCAUCUGGUUAAAAAAGUUUCCUUUCCGUACGACUCAGUUAUUUGCUCGAACUUGGUUUCCCAACAAAACUGAUAGAGUUCGUAUGGGUCAUCUUUGAUGUAGUUCGUGACGUUGAAUAUCCCACAGACGUGACGGUGACGGACUCCCGAAUUUACUUUUUUUUUAUUUUGUGUUAUAGUGACUUUUAACACUUUUGGCUGGUUCGUCUCUUUUACUUCCAUUUUUAGAAGAAUGCUGGGAGUGAGAAUUGAACUCGUGACAUUCAACGUGAGAGGUGUGGAUGUUACUGCUACUCCAGAUCUCCUCGAAUUCAUUGUUCAACAUAGAUUUGGAAAGUGUUGUACGUAGGUCAGGCAAGCAGAGGAUCGAUACCAUGGUCACGAAGACACUCAUUCCUCUAGGCUUUCAGGCGUCCGCGGAAUUGGACAUAAUCGGUAGCCCAUCUGGCGGUUGUACUGCUGUGGUGAUCGAUGGGACUAUCUUUUGAAGUAGUCAAUAGUUGGAAAACAAUGAAACUUAAAAAAAUCUGGCAGAAGCGGUUGAAGUUUGACUGAUGUCACCACCUCAAAGCCAAAAUUCCAUCGAUUUCUUUUUCAUUGCUGCUGCUAGUUUAUUCAAUGUACAAGCAGCAAUUACUAGAAAACAGUAUCGAAUGAAACGUAUGAAUAGAACCGACGGUUAGAGGCGAAUGAACUGCAAAGUUUCAAGCCUCUUCAAAACAAAGAACGGAAUAGAAUCGACAAACGCUCAUGGUUCAAACGGACAUUCGAUCGGAAUUGCGGAAAAAAAUCAAGAAUCAGAAUAUGUCAAUCAUUUGUUUGUUUUAUUAUCUCUCCAUCUCUUGGGAUUCUAUCAUGAAUUGCGCAAUUGCAACAAACACAUACCCCACUGUGUAACUGGGACUGUGGGACUGUUGCAAACAUUUAGUGAAAUUAUUUUUUUUUUGUUUAGAAAUCAACAUUUUUGAGUGAUAAUGAUAACAGAUGGGGGAAAGUUAUAAGUUACUCUCUCGAUAAGCAAUCAUUUUGCCAAGUCAGUUGAACAACAACAAAAAAUUAAGCAAAACAACAAAAAAAAAAUUGGUUCCGUUCAUCCUGAUGAAGAACUACGAACACUUCGAAUGUCGAAUGCAUAUUUUUAAACAAUACGAAUAGAUAUGUAUCUAGCUAAACUAUAAAAACAAAACUAAACAAACCUAAAAAUAAAAAUAAACAGGGUCUCAAAUUAGCGACGAGACGGAUGUUUAUUUUUUUUCUUCUUCCGUUUGUUUGAGUGUUCAA